AUGCUUCCUACAAAUCGAGCAAAACUCAAUGAUCUUUUUAAUUUUCAAGGUCUUCGAAAACGUGUUAUAAUUGCACCGGAAUACUGUGAAAAUGAUGAACGAUUACGAAUGAAAAAUUCUCAAGAUGAACAAAAACCAGAUUAUAAUGAAUAUAACGAUUUAGAUUCAAUUGGUGAACAAUUCGAAUCAUAUGUUCGACCAGCAGUUACACAAAAACAAUGGAUUGCCGAUAGAGAACAUGAACGACGAGAGGUAGACCGACUAGGAGAUAUUGUUUAUUUUUACGAACAUAAACCAAAAUUAACUGAAUUUGAAAAAGGUGUUUAUAAACGAUUAACACGUCGAGAUAGAUCUAUGCAAACAGAUGAAGAACCAGAAUCAGAUUCGAAAAUGCAUGGAAAUCGGCAUCGUAUACCAAUUAUUCGUCUUCCAACGCCACUAGCAAUGGAAAGCGUUGAAGGAUUUCUAUAUGACAAUCAUUGGCGUUUAGUUGAUCUAUUUCGUACACUUGACCGAGAUAAAUCAUGGGCUGUUGUUAAAGAAGAUUUUAUGCGUUUAGUUGAAAAGGAACAACUUAAUAUAACCGAUGCUCAAGCUGAAGAAUUGAUUACAUGUUUCUGUCGUGAAGCUGGUGUACCGCUGAAUUAUAAAAAAUUUGCUCGUGGAAGAGCAUUAUAUAAAAAAAAUAUGAGAGAUAGUGCAAAUAAAACUCCAAGUUCAUUGGAUACUCAACUCGAAUCAGAGGUUUCAACAACACCGUCUGUAAAUUAUUUACAACUACCACCACCUGAUCUAUUAUAUGAACGUCCAAUACGAACUUCUACGUCAUCGCAUACUCGAUCAACUAAAUCUUCGCUUUCAAAAAAUAAAAGAGUAUCAAUCUCAACCUCGCGAACCGAUAGUAAAUCAAGUACAUAUCAAUGA